AUGCUGGCGAACCAGAGGAGCAUCCUCGCCAAUGGCAGAGGAGCGCCUCUUAUCGGUGCUCCUCAGACUGGGAGCGUCCUCUUGUCUCCCUAUCGCCGCUGCGUCCCUGGGUGCCGGGGCGGGCGUUCGCUCCCCAGGCUCCGGGGGACGAAGAAAGGCCGGCUACCUCGAGUUGUUGCUCUGGAGAGGAGCCAGGAGUCUCUAGACGGCUCCGAGUUCGGGGUUCUGCCGCAGCCGUUCUCCGUCAGAAUCCCAGUUGGCGACCGACAUGUAAGCACAGAGGCGCCCCUGAUAAAGGGCUAGGUGUUAUAAAGCUUGUGAUGGGUGUUGAUUAUUUAUUCUAUGAUUUUUCAAUUUAUUUAGUUUUUCCGGUAGAAUUCGGCGUAGUUGAGUUGGGGGGUGGGCUGCAGUCCAAGUCUGAAAUAUUCUUGUCCUAAUUUAAAUUUUAUGGUGAUGUGUGGCAGAUUAUGGUUGAGACUGGCCGUAUAGGAAGACAGGCUAGUGCUUCUGUUACAGUCACUGACGGGGAAACGGUAAGUAUGACUAUUUUCGUUCUGGUUUUUCUUUUAAAGCGAGUAGACCGCCUGAAAGCGAGAAGCUAUGUUAGAUUCAGAAUGUUUGGUCUGAUAUUGAUCCAGUUCAUUGAUGAACGAUACCCCCACGAGUGCUCUUCCUCAAUCUUUCUGAUGUACAACUUAUUAGUUGGAGGCCACUCUUGCGGACCAUCAUGGUUAUACUACUUGUUGGAGAUAUCAUCUUUUGGAAUCUUCCCUGUUCGUCUAGUUGAUUCCACUGCAUAGUUGUUACGAUGCUAAGAUGAGAGAUUUAGGCAACAGCUUUUUGUUGACAAAUGGCUGAGACGUUAUCUGAGAUAGAUCAACAUCACUUUUCUAUGUAUGCCUUCGGAUUCCUUUGCACAAUUUUCAUUAACCUUUCACAUCCGUUUGUAAGAGCUUUGUUUUUCUCUUAUUCCGUUAACCUUUAUUUUUGGGCAUUACUCUAGGGUAGUAUGGUUCUAAUCAGAACUCUAGUAUGUCAUUUAAACAGAUGAUUUUUUUUUCUUUGAAACAGAUUGUUCACACUAGUGUCUGUUUGUCUGAUGUUCCGAGUGAACCUUCUGAUUUCUUUCCUCUUUCUGUCCACUAUCAAGAGCGACUUUCAGCUGCUGGUCGAACUAGGUAUAUGUUUAUACUUUACGUAAAAGAUCUGCGUUUUCGUUAAAUGUAUCUUUGAACUAUCAUUAUUGUUUAUGACCUGUUGUUUCAGUGGUGGUUUUUUCAAACGGGAAGGUAAAACAAAGGACCAUGAGGUGAGAAUUACAAUCUUUGAGGGCUAGUCGUAGUAAAACUCAUAUUUUUUAUUAUAUUAUUUAGCUCCUGAUCGUUCUCCAUUUUUUUACCAAAAAUGGGCGGAAAAUUGCAUAUUUAUAAUUUGGGAAGAUGUGUGGGUGGGUAUGAUUGAUUUAGUCAGUGAAAAACAUUAAAUUUUGGAUAAAAGUUAGUGACUUAUUUUCCAGUUGAACUUGUAUAGACAAAUUACUGUUCUUUUAGGGGAGGAACGCUUUAUGUUCAAUUGAGUUGCAGGUAGAAACACUGCCUAUUUUGAUUAACUAUGAACCUUUGCUUCAUGUAGGUUCUUAUAUGCAGGCUAAUCGAUAGACCCUUGCGUCCAACAAUGCCAAAGGGCUUCUACCAUGAAACCCAGAUAUUAUCAUGGGUAUGAAUUCGUGCAUGGCUGAUUCCUUGAUAAUUGAUCCUCUGGACUGGUCCUUUUACUGUAUUGUGUUAUAAAAAAUUGCCAUCAAUCACAAUUUACAUUGGUUCUUCUAAGAAUGCACUACUGUUUCUUUUUUUUGUUCCUUAUGGGGGAGGGUAGUUGUUGGAGAAUCAGCUGCUCAAGCUGGUCUCUGGUUCAUAUUCUCUUAAAUGCCUUAAAAUUCUCUCACUAUCUUCAAUGGCUAAUUGAUGUGCAUUCGUCCAUUAGAAUCUAUUAAAGAGCUGAAACUGCUAGAAACUAAUGAUAUACUUCCUGCUUUUGAUUAUUCCUGAGGGAUUGAUGUAUACUUAUCACUGGGGAUGACAGUUGGAGAAAUUAGCCAAUUUGUCAAUGGGUCCCUUCAUAUAUCUGAAAGUUUAAGGGAACAUAAUAAUGAAGAAAUCUAACAAAUUAUAUGGAUCAGACAAAAGAUUGCAUAAUGGGUUGUCCUGUUUAGCUCUGGGAAAAUUUCUACACAUAACAUAUUGCCAUUGAAGGUCAAUGGCUAGAAUCUGGGAAUCACUUGGUGCAAGCCUCAUUAAGUCUUCUCCUCCGAGAGCAUUCUAGACAAGUUGUAUUUAUAGUAAGAUAUUCUGGAGAAGUGAUGUUCACGAUUGUUUUCACAUAUUCUUUUUCCUCGUUAUUCUUCGCUUUUGUUUCCACUUGGAUGGAAGCAUUUGUAAAAUGGUCUUAAUUUUUUCAGUGUUGAUAAGUCUUAUUGCUGUGAUCGAGAUUACACUUCAUAUUAGCACAUGUGGCCUCCCCACUAGUUUUUAGUUUAAAUUUUAAAAUUCUAUUACUUGUAAAUUUUGUUGAGUUCAGUAAUGCACUGAUUUCAGUAUGAUUUAUCUGGUUCAGGAAUUUUCCCUCCACGUUUUUAUAUUCUGCAUUUUUUACAAUGCUGAGAGCUCAGUAUCUAUGCAUUAAUUCCUUUUCUAAACGACAUAUUUUGGGAUAUUGACGUCAGGACUUUUUAACUGCAGGUUUUUAGUUAUGAUGGAAUUCACUCACCUGAUUGUUUGGCUGUCACAGCCGCGGGUAUAGCAGUGUAAGAUGGCUCAUAUAGUUUGGUGUUUCUUUACAUUCAGCUAGUGGACUGGAACCAUGUAACGAGUCAUCCUGACUUAGCCUUCUUUGUUCUUAUAGUGCAUUAUCAGAGGUUCCAAACUCGCAAAUGAUUGCUGGGGUUAGAGUCGGCCUUGUUGGUGAUAAGUUUAUUGUGAAUCCAACUACAAAAGAGAUGGAGGAGACAGAGCUGGACUUAAUCAUUGCCGGAACGGAUAGUGCCAUAUUUAUGAUAGAGGUUUGCUCUCGUUAUCUUUUUUUGUUUUGGUAAAUGCACGGGGUUCAAUGAAAGUGGGAGCCUCCAUAAACAGGAGUUUAUACGUGGCACUGGUUUUGAUUCCAAAUUAUCCACGAACAAGCUGGCUGCUGAAACUGUUAGUUCUGUUAUUUCAAUUAUAAACACAGUAAACUUCAUUCCGUUUAGGCCAUUUCGUGUGGUUUGGUUAAGAACCAGUCAAAGUCGUCUUACAUCUGACGGGUCAGGUUCAACAAUAUGCGGUCUGGACAACCAGAUUUGUUUUAAACAAUGAAAUUUCUAUCAUGAUCAUUUUUACGAUAAUCUUAAUAAUUUUUAUUGGAGAAUUUAAAUAACGUUGAUGAGUACACCUGGUGAGACUGCUUAGCAGAGAUAGUCACUCUUUUUUCCUUGUUUAAUUGAGAGAGUGGAUAAGGAUUUUUUUUAAUGACAAAGGACAAUUCUCCUUGAUUUUAGAGAUAGUUGUGGCCAAUAUCCUUCACACCAUCUGGUUGUUGAGUGCAUAUUGGAAUGGUGAAUAUGUGUACAACUCCCUUUCGUUAGGUCUCUAAGGAGUAUGUGAUACUAUGUGCUUCAGGAAAGUUAGCUCUGGAUUCAGAAAAGGAACCCAAAAAAUGAAAUGAGGGCACAUUACAAAGAGUAGGGACAACCUCAGAGUCAUUAUUGAUGCUAAGACUUCGUUUAGUUGGAUGUGUUUUUUAUUUAAGCUCCUAAGAUGGAAAUUGAAAAUAGGGGAAAAAGAGUUUUUCUAUGGAUUGCAUCUGUUUUAUGAGUGAGUUAUUGCAUUCAUUAUUCGUUUCUUUGCAGGGUUAUUGCAACUUUCUUGCUGAGGAAAAAUUGCUUCAAGCAGUGGAAGUAGGACAGGUAUUUUUUUUUCAUCUUAAUCUUUUAUGCUGUCUUUCAAAUUGCAUACUUUCCUUUUCUCCACUUAUCUAUGCCUCUUUUCAUUGGCGCCUUGGUUAUAGUACUUAGGAGCCAAAGAAAAAGCAUGGGUGAGAAGGGGAACAUGACAAUUGAAUAAGGUGUUAUCAGUCAUUUCUGUUUGAAAGAUAUCAAUAGAAACAUGAACUUGGGGGCGUAGUUGAUAAAAUCUAUGAUAUGGUAAUAAUUGAGGAUUUUCCUUCGGAGACUUGCAUCUGCACCUGUAGCGUUCAUGCCUGUGGCAGCAUGUGUGUGCCCGCAUUCCUGUCCUUAUGGCCUCAUGCCGGCGGCAAUUUUCUGGACCCAGAACUUCAUUCUCUUGGUGCCUGAGUUUAUAGUAUUUCUGAAAUGUAAUAUUGAAUUUCUUUUCCGUCAGAUCUCCAGGAAUCUCUUAAGCACUGUAAUAGACUGAAUGAAUCCUAGUGGAUUUUUAUUAUAGAAUUCUCAUAGAAACCAUAGUUUGCACUAUCGAAUUGCUUAAUUAAGUCCUCAAUUUUCGUUGUUCAAAGGACGUGUAAUUUGUCCUCAAGCCUCUUUUUUCCUCUAAGAGCGAUUUAGAUACCUAUAUACUCAAAAGGGAUGUUUCACAGGUGGGAUAACUCGUUCCUGGUUCAUUAUAUUUCACAGCCACUGCCCUAGGAAUCAAAGAGAAAAAAGCCUUUUAGAUGCUAAUACAGAUCAAAGGACAAUAUUUUUCGGAUUUCUGGGUUGACUUUUGCUCCAGGUUUUCUGGUGAUUGUCGAGUAAUGUGGCAACAGUCGAUGGACAGUAUUUCUCAGGCAGGUUUCUCCUAAUGACUGAAGUAUGACGUUCUACAUAGGUCUACCCUUGGGUUUUCAACCGGUGAUCCUGAACAGUUUAAAGUCAAUAUUUACAUCUCUGGUGUGUGAAUUUACUUUACGAUUGGUCCAAUAGACUGUGAAAAUAGUUUUUUUGAAUUUUGGGAUGAAAUGGAGAGCAUAUAUCAAAUGUGUUUAUUGGGCGCGUACCAGAGAUUGUGAGCAUGGGGUUUUGACAUCUGAAGACAUAAAAGGAUCAGGAAUAGCAGCACCUUAUAAGAGAUGGAUUUACCAUUUUUUUUAAAUGUUAGAGGCGUAAAAGCUUAACAUAACCUAAGGCAACUUGGUGGAGAUAGUCACAAAAAUAUGUGAAUCAUGCAUACUAGAUUUAAUAGUGAUAGAUAAUGUAGAAUCAUAGAAUAUAUCGGUAUUUUUAUACAAAUUAUUUGAGAUUUCUUGCUGGGAGAUUGAUGGGAGAAAGACUCCCGUGUCUGUUCAUGUGGCUUCCCAGUGAAAUGAGUAUUCCCCUGCCAGCCUAUCUUGUACUUGUCCAGUGGAGUGAUCCCGAUGUCAAGAAACUUUUUAUCCAUGACACCCAGGUUGUUGUUCAUGUCUUAGGCAAUAAAUUGACUACUACCCAUGCUUCCAAGUUCCAUAAAUAUUCUAUAGCAUGAUAUCAACCUUGAUGUCGUGAAUGGAUUUGUCUUGAACUUCACUUUUAUUCAGUUUUAACCUUUAUCAAAGUGCCAUUUCUUUGCUGUCUCCUUCGGCAUUAAAAUUUCUAGAUACAUGAGAGUAAUUAGUAGUUGAAGGCAAUAAUAUAUCUCACAUGAACCCGAAAGUACUCUUUUCUUUCUGAUCUAUCCCUGUCCAGUUUUUAUGAAGAAAAGAGAAGUAUACUAUUAGCGCCAUUUAAUUUGAAAAUUAUGUGAAUUGGGCUUGGCAAAUAUUAUUUUGCCUUUACCUAUAACCGCCCCAAUCCGUUUUAUAUGAUUAUUUUAUGCUUUAUCAAAGACUGCUAUUCGUGCUAGUUAGAUGGAAAGAAAACAAGAUCAGUCUCUCCUUCAGGAGACAUGACAACAGCUUUUGUUGUCGGGUCUUCAAUAGCAUUUGUUGUAACAUUGCUAACAGAAUGUAUAACUUUAAAUUUAUACCAUAGUUUCAUGUUUCUUCUAUAUGUAGGUUUUUCCCGUCGAUAUCAAUUACAUUUUUUUGUUAUAAUGACAGAUAUGCAAUUUUUUUGUUUCCUGUUAAAUUUAAUAUUGCUUUGUUUGAGUAGUUUGCAUCUUCUGUCUUUUUUGUUUUAGUUCUACAUUAAAUUUAAUAUUUAAUGUAAGCAAAAUUAUGAUGUUUAGUAAAAAUUCACAGAGCCGAUUGCAAUAUUCAUUUUGAUGUAAAGUUGUAUUUAUUGAUUUUCUUUGUCCACCAAUAUCUACAAUUUUCACUGGCCAUUCCGCCACUUAUGGAGAGUAUUUUCAAUAUCAGUCUGCAGUCCAGGCAAUAUGCAGGGAAGUGGAGGCUUUGGUUAGGAAGUGUGGAAAGAAAAAAAUGACUGAGGCAAUUAAGUUACCACCUGCUGAGCUCUAUAGGCACGUUGAAGUAUGAAAUUAUCCAUUGUUCCUCUCUUAUGAACAUUUUCCUUGUCGCAUUUACAUUAUUAUUAGGAUGAUUUAAUGUCAUUCAUAUUUUACACCCUUCUGUGUUAUAUUUUUGAUUCUUUAAUGCUUUACAUUUCCACUAUUUUCCAGUCUUCACUAUGGCUGUUCUAUUUAUGAAUGGAAGGGCAACAUUUGCGGAUGAGUACGAUUGAAUUUGUAUUUCACCAAUGUCUCACUUUUUCUCAGUACUCUGAUUCAUGUAUCAUAUCUCUCUUUUAGGUUAUACUUGCCAUCUGCAAAGGCCGUUUUUAGGGAAAAUUGAGAGGUUCUCUACAAUUCCUUGAACCUGUUGUGGAAAGGGCAUUGAUCAUGUUCUUCUGUGAACAUGUUCACAUGACCAAUAUAGACAUCCUCUUCAAGGCUGCUUUCCAAACUGUGAUGCUGAUCUUGUUUUUGAUAAUUAAUUUUUGUAUUUUAUCUGUCCAUUAAAAUUCUCACCUGUUGUCUCAUGCAAUUCAAUUAAAGACAAGACGGUGAAUUUAGCUUUCAUGGAAUACUCCCAGAUUUUCAUUUUAGCAUGACAUUUCAGUUUGCCAGUUAAGACAGAGAUGAAGGACCAACAAUUUGAAUAUCCAACCUACUCACAUAUUCAUUGAUUACUGAGUUCUUGUCUUGUAUUAUAUGCAGUUCUCCUUAUGCAGAGGUUUUCACCUCUUUUUCAUUCUUUCACUUAUCUUCAUCCAUGUUUUCCCUGUUGGUUAUUCUUCCUACUCUUGUUACAAUAACGGCCAUAUGGGCACUCAUGGAAAUAUCGCUAUUUCCGAAUACAUUUUAUGUAUCCUUUCCACCAAUUGUGCCAGCUUUACUUUCAUAGCUGGCGCCAUGAGAUGCAAAAGUAUAGCGUUAGAUGAUAGUUGAGUUCGUCUACUCGUUUCCUACUAUUGUAAAUGUAGCUUGUGUUGGUUUAUCAUCACUGUUUGUAGUUUAUGCUCUGGCAUUAUUUCAUCCAUGCUGCGCCCACGAUUUUGUCUUGUUCUCAUGUACAAGCUCUCUUUUUCCUUUGGCAAUUGGGGUCAUAGUUAUGUGAAUGCCUUAGUUUUUGGGUUAAGUUAGGCUUCAAUUCUGUACAUAAAUGUGAACGCUGACGUUACAAUUUAGGCUAAAGUGUGUAAUCCCUAGAAGCCUGUAGGUAAUACAUGCAGUGACAAUGUGGCAAGAAUGGGAUGAUGCAACUCCUGAUGUCUCAGACGAAGAAUUCUACCUUUCCUCUAGCCUCAACUUCGUAUAAUUGUCCUGUAGUCCGCUAACGUUGUAAUCCCAUGGAGGUUAACGCGUUUCUCUUCUUCUCGCUACCCUACUACGUAAUCCGUGUUCUUUAUUGAAGUAUCUGAUAGCCUACCUUACUAUUUUUUUCAUAUGCUUUAUUUUUCUCUCAUAUUUACUUGUAUCAGACUACACUGUAAUUAGUGAUAGCUUCACUCAUUAUUAAAUUUUACCUUAUAUUUAAGGUAACAUUAGACGGUGCUGGUGUGACAAAUAACUAAAGAGGGAAUGGACUUUCGUACUGGGCUUGGCAGGCCUAGAUGUGCCAAUAUUUUCCCUGAAAGGUAGUGGCAGCAUUGUCUGUUACCUCAAGUAACAUGUUAAGGGCCUUAUUCAACAAAUAUAAAUGUUGGCAUAUUUCACUAAAGUGUACAUUUUGAACUAUGUUCACACUCAUGACAGAGGACCUUUGCACGUGCCCAUCUGCUGCAAUAAGCACGAGAGAUAUCAUCUUUCUCGUGUCAUCUUUGUGUUCAGUUCCUGUUGAUUAUUGUACUGUAGAUUCAUUUUUUCUGUGCUGCGGCAAGAGGCUUCUAUUCUAGCCGUUAUUCUAGGGAUUGUAUUGAAAAAAGUUGGUUUGCUAUAGCAUUAUAAAGGUAGGUUAUUUUUUGCCACGAUUUCCCUAGCGUCAAGUGCCCAGUUAAAUUAUCUGUCUUACUUGUAUAGAUUCUUCUUGUCCCUCUCUCCCAUAUGUUUCAGUCUGACUCAUUUUUAUUUUCACAGGAAAUUUCUCGAGAUGAAUUGAUGAAGGCUUUACAGAUAAGGAGCAAAAUUCCUAGAAGAAAGGCUAUUUCUGCUUUAGAAGAUAAGGUCAUUGCCAUUCUUACUGAACAUGGCUAUGUUGAGAAGGAUGAGACUCUGAGUAAUAUUGCAGCAUUAGUUGAUGAUGAGGAUGAAGAUGAGGAUGAAGUGAUAGUUGAUGGUGAGGUAGAUGAAGGUGAUGUUCACAUAAAGCCGUUUCCACGGAAACCAAUCCCCAAGGUGAGAGUGACAGUCUUCAUUGCUGUCCAUAGAUAUUGCAUUUAAUUCUACUGUUGCUUUCAUCCGUUUUGUGAGAUAAAUAACUUCCCUAUGACCAAUGCCAUUCUAAUUGUUAUUUUUGCGCACACAUAACUUUUUAUGGAGAGGUAAAAGAUUGUUCAAUUGAAUAAGGUUAGAUAUGUCUUAAUUUAAAAACCUGAGACGAAUAACCCACAGAGAAGAUUUUACAUGAUCAUGCUAAAGAUAAGGAGUUCCCAUUGGUGUCGUGAGAGUGAUGCAAGCAUGUGCCAAAUCUUUGGAUGACUAUAUGUGCUUAGACUAUUGUACAAGUAUGAGCUGUUUGUAUAUUUAUCCGCUUUUCUGUAGAUUUUUAAUGUGUGGCAAUGAGACUAUAACAAGAAAUUAUUUGCAUCUUAUCAUUUUCUUAUGCCAUAAGCUUACUUAUUACAAAAUUAUCUUGACAUUGAAGUUUUGAGCUUUUUAGUGUAAAAUAUAAAAUAACAUGACAUGAUGGUACGGAUAAAACAGAUAUGUGUCGGGCGAGUGUGAGGUUAUUUAUGUAUUUACUUUUGGUGUUGGUGGGACUUUUUGCGGGUCAUGAUGCAGAAACACUUUAUAGUAAAGGUGUUACUGCAGUUCAGUUUCUACAAUUCCAUAGACAGUCCAGAUAUAGCAAUCGAAAGCAUAGAGAAGUAAAAGUAAACUUUAUAUGGUGACUCAGACUUUCCUUAAUCGAUCUAUUUUGUAGCACUGUUCUUCAGGACAUGGAAAAAAUACUGCAGUCAAAUUUGUAAUUUCCUUGAAUCCCUCUCGUUCCAUGUGGAAUAUCGCUCAGCUGGGAUAAGAGAUGACAAUUUGCCCUUUCAGGGAGGACUCCUUUUCAAUCCCCAUCAGUGUAGUUACUUAUAAAAGAUGUAAUUGGGAAUCCUCCUUUAGGAUUCUGUCUCCAAAGCUUGAUUUUUUUACACCAUCCAUAGAAGGAGAUCCUGGUAGGUUCGAUCCUUUUCUCAACUGCCCACAGGUUCUGAACAUGGCAGAGAAGUUCAUAACUGAACUGUGUAGGACUGACAUGGAUGACAUGCAUUUUCCCCUCCCUUCAAGUGCUUUAGCCUUCCUAUUUCCAAUCUCUUAUUGAAGUUUCUCACCGACUUGCUCUGAGCUUGCACGUCAGGAACCCUUUCUGAUUAGUGUAACACGAGAGAGUUUUUUUGAGAAAACAAAAUUUAGGAACUUAAAAAUGACGAGGAUGAAGAAGAGGCCUACCGUGGGCAAUGUUUGUAAAUACUGCCUUAUCUUGUAAUCAAACUUACGGUCCAUAGGCUAUAAACUAUUUCUGCCAGAUUUAAUUUUCUUCAAAAGUCUUGUAGACAGGAAAUCUUGAAAAAAUAAUUUGGGCUUCAAUUGAGUGGAGUCAGAAACCAAAAUUACUUGUUCCGAACAUUUCCAUCUUUCAAAGGUCAGUGCCAAAUAAGUCGUGUUGAGUCUCCAUAAAUAACCUUUCAUUGAAUUGAACUCUUGAACCGCCUUCAUCAAAUCAUGUUUGAUGAUUUCCCACGGGUCUUGAAAGAAAAACACGGGAAGACUAUCUGGAUUGGUGGAAUAAAACAUUAUUGUGAUAGUUUCUAUCCGUUCAACCCUUUUUUCUCUCUUUUAUUUCUGGAUUGGUGGACAAGUCAUGAAUAUUUGCAGUUUUAUUAAAUGUUAAUAUACAAACGGCAUAGGAUUAAGACAUUGUUUAUGUUUGACAGUUAUUCUCUGAAGUUGAUGUUAAGCUGGUUUUCAAGGAAGUAACAUCAAAAUUUUUGCGCAGACGCAUAGUUGAGGUAAAUUAUAGAUAUGGUUUUAUUUAUUUCAAAUUUACUAUCAGGAGCAUGGAUAUCGUUCUCUAAUAUCAUAAAUGCAAUUGGGUUUUUUCGAGAUGCUUGGCAUCUCAUAACAUUAACAAAGAAACCGUAAUUGUGCUUGGUGCCUAUGUUAUUAUUAUCAAUGUAACCACUUCACAUGUAUAAGAACCCAAUGGGUUCAUCCAAAAAUUCUAUGCACACACAGUGAACCAUAUGCUAAUUAUCUGGAUUACACUUCCUGCUAUCUAUCAACACCACCUCAUAUUUUUGUUACACUGUAGAUUUUUUUUUCUGAGAAUGAUUGUUGAUAUUUCUUCAUUCUUUUCUUUAUAGGUACUAUUCUUAUCGCUCUCCUAGUUUCGUGACAGGUGCUAAGCAAUUGUUAACCACAAUGUCUCUUACUGCCAAAACUCCCUUUAUCUCACCAGUUGCUUUUUGAACUGGCGAAAAUUCUGAUGUCCAUACAUCAGGCCUGCCUACUGAAGAAGCCAUCUCAAAUUUCGGUCCAUACAUGGGAAACUUCUGUAUGGACAUCAAAGUUUUGCGAAAAUUCUGAUGUCCAUACAUCAGACAAAUGUGCCUACUGAAGAAGCCAUCCCAAAUUUCAUAACUCCUUGUUCCUAGAAUUUUCCCGUGUCUUAAGGUGGAUGGAUAUAUAAGGCAGCGUCAAUCACCAUGCUGCCACUCUCUGACAGAAGGCCCAUGUGGCUGCUAGCACCCAGAUCGCUUAUUUGUGCAACAAAAAAUGUGAUGACAUUAAACACCAUCUGAUCCAAGAGUGAACCAUCACUUUCUUUCCAAAUCUCAUGGGGUAGGAUGAUUGACGCAUCUUUCAAUACAGGUGCCUUUCCCUUUUCAAACGACAGCUGAAAUACUAUGCUGCAAGUCUCAGGGAGUCUCAAUUGACUUUCAUGAGUGUUGCUUUGAGAAACAAAUUAUCUGCUCUUAAAGAAGAAUGCCGUCAGUUCUGCAUGAUGUACUGGCCGCUAAGUAUGUACCUGGUUACCUAUUGAUCUGAUUCGUCAUUGCACUGGUUUCACACCUGUGCUCUCCCUCGCCUAAAACCUUUUCCCACUCCAUCCUUAAUGUCUUCCUUAAAACGUGCCAUGUAGAAGACAACACCCAAUAUGGAGCAUUGUUUUUAAUCAAAUAUUACCGCAUUCUCAUGAGGUUUGGAAAUCCAAAAGUACAUUUAUUACCGGAUGUUAUUGCCUCAAUUUUCUACCUUUUUGGCUUAUUUUCACUGAGUGAUGAAGAAAGAAAUUUUAGAUGUCUGACCAUUGACUUUUCCAUGUUGCCUAAAAUGGCAGGGACUUUUGGUAGUGUCCAACAUUGAUCAUUGGCUGAUGCAAUUUUGUCGUUUCCUCGUAAAAUUUUGUCUCUAUCUAGUGAUUAUCUAAUAUGGUUAACAUUUUGUUCUUUUCCGUGGAUAUCAGGGAGGAAGACGAAGUGAUGGACGAAGCCCACAGGAUAUCCGUCCAAUAAGCUCACAAUGUGGUUUGCUUCCUCGAGCGCACGGAAGUGCACUUUUCACACGUGGAGAAACACAGGUGGAAUUUUGUGAUUAGUUUAUUCUCAUGUUUUCUCAAUUUAUUUUGCCAAUGUUAGGUAUAAGCUCUUGGGAGACGGUGAAAAGGUGGGUAUGAGUACGGAAUAUGUUGAAAGUGUCGUUUGCUGAAGUGUAUGGAGAGACUUGUAUAUUUUGCACGAAGCUAGCAACUAAUUGACUCUUUGCUUGAAUCUUCUUUCGUUAUUACCUAUCCUGGUGUAGAUUUCUGUUGUAUAGGGAAAUCUACUAGGAAGAAAAUUUGUAGCUCUGCACUGUCUUGUAGUGAUUGUGAAAGAUGACCGUCUGUCUGAUAGUGUUAGGUAUCUGUUGUGAAAGGCAUGCAUCAUUUUCAUUUAGUCAACCCUCUAUUGGCGGACUGAAACGUAUAGUGAUUGUAAUGAUUCAUAGAUUUUUAAAGAACUAAGAGAUAAUUCUUUUAAAAAUGUCCAAAUUAGUUUUCAGAACCUCAUUUUAUGGUGCUUGAUUUCUCCUGGUUCUUAAUAUUACACUUGGGUUCCCAAAACAUCUUUUAGAACAGUGAAUGUGUUAAAUCCUAGAUGCUUUCGUGUAGAAGACAACAAGGACUAUGGGUAUUAGAACGAGGUGCAAGAAAACUCUUGUGGAAUCCCUUGCAAAUGUUUACCGAAAAUUUCCACCGACAAAUUGGCAGUAGAUUGUCAUUUUAACUUGGUUAAUUGUGGUAAGUGUCAAAGUACUCAUUGCUCAUGAAAUCUCGCUGAUAUUGAAGUUUCCUAAUAUGCAUAACUUCCAAAAAUAUCUGAACUCAUGAAUAUGUUGGAUCAUGUAACAUUAGAAGGAUGCAGAGAUCUAAAUAGGGCAUGGGAUGAAGAGAAAUGCUCUUUGCUGCAAGGAUUAAGUAUAGAUCUGUGUUCCUACGAAAUAUAUAUAUAUAUAUAUAUCGUUCCUAUAAAGUCAGAAGAAAUUGUUUCCCUGUGGUUAGGUCUUCCGUGGAAAAAUGUUCCUUUUGAUCAUGACUCUGGUAGAUUUGGUAUCAUUGAGAAUGAUAUUGUCUAUGUUCCUUGGAUGUUUCCAUGAAAAUGACUUCAAAUGAGAUGUAGUAACUAUGGCGACCUACUCCAAUUUUUACAAUAAUCUUGAACCAGAACUUUUAGGAAAAAAUGAUGGCUUUGCUUGAGAUGGUCAGGAAAACACUUUUAUGAGGUUGCGUAGAUGAAACUGAUUGGGCAGCACAGGUAUGGGAAUCGAACUGAUUAUGUUGUAGAUGAAACCUAUGGUUGCUAUUUUUCUGCUUACUAAUCCACUGUAACUAGGGGAUAUUAUAAAUUUUUUACUUUUUACAAACCUGUUCCCUAAAUCAUAGUAUCUUUACCUUGUUGAACAAAAAGUAGGAUGACUACCAUUGUGAUCCUUUUUGUUAUCAAUGAAUUAUUACAUUUCUCUGAAAAAGGUAGUAUGAAAGUUGCUUUAUUUGCCUACUUUUUAAAAAAAUUCACCUGUUUCUACAGUCACUUGCGGUUGUCACUCUUGGAGACAAACAAAUGGCUCAAAGGAUAGACAACCUUGUGGAUACAGAGGAACAUAAAAGCUUCUAUCUCCAGGUUGACUUUGAAAUCUGAGUGUUAUUUUCUGAUUUACACUGUUUAACCUUGGUAUUAGAUGUGCAUAUUCUAUUUCUGUCUGUUUCCAUUCUUUUUUCUUUAUUAUUCUAAACGAGAUUUCUGUUUUCUCUCUUGUCAGACGGCCAUUGACUUGGAUUUCUUGUUCUCUCGCAUAACUCGUUGUGUUUGUUUCUUUUUUCCUUGUUCUUUAUUCUUCUCUUGUUCUCAUCUAGAGGUGUUUCCUUGAGAACAGACUUUGAAUACAAUGUCAUCAUGUGAAAUCACUUUUUCUGUGCUUCAGCAUAAGUAUCUUUCUUGCCUUAUUUCUGUUUUUCUAGUAGCCCCGAAAAGUUUAUUCUUAUCCAGUUCCUAUUAAUAAUAGUCCAUCAACUAGUCUCCAACAUUUUCUCUUUGUCAUUGUCUACCAUUUAGAAUAUGCGAGCUGAAAGCUAUAUCAUAUUUCAAUUACACUGCCGUUUAUUUUGACAUUGUUAAAACAGUCUGUAUACCAAUAUGAAUUCUUACACAACGUUUCCAGGCACAUUCUGAUAUGAAAAAGCUCUGGUUUCUUUUUCCAGUAUUCCUUUCCACCGUCAUGCGUGGGAGAAGUUGGUCGUAUCGGAGCACCAAGUAGGAGAGAAAUUGGUCAUGGAAUGCUUGCUGAAAGAGCUCUUGAGCCUAUUUUGCCUUCAGAAGAGAAUUUUCCCUAUACCGUGCGUGUUGAAAGUACUAUUACUGAAAGCAAUGGAUCAUCAAGGUCAAUCCGAAACAAUAUUUUUUCAGUAAUGUUCUUACGUUAUUCUUCAUUCAGAUUUGAUUUAUCCCUGCAGUUCGUAAAAUGUCAGGCCUGUUCUUAACAUUUAUAGUUUUUUUCUCAUUCAUUAGCAUGGCAUCUAUCUGUGGAGGUUGCUUAGCCAUGUUGGAUGCUGGGGUUCCUGUGAAGUGCUCUGUUGCUGGGAUAGCAAUGGGUAUGGUCCUGGACACAAAAGAAUUUGGAGGGGAUGGAACCCCACUAAUUCUCUCGGACAUUAGUGGCUCUGAAGAUGCGUCUGGUGAUAUGGAUUUUAAGGUUGUUUUUUCUGUCUUUAUUGGUUUUUAUUUAGUAGUAUUUUGAAUCGCUGUACGUCAUUCUGGUACUGGAUUUCUAUUUCUUAUAUUCGAAUGAAUUGAGACUAAGGCUACAAGAAACCUGACAUUUCAGGUUGCUGGUAAUGAGAAUGGUAUCACAGCUUUUCAGAUGGAUAUAAAGGUAAUAACUAUUUUCGAUUAGAUGACUGAUUUCUUGACAUAUUCUAUCUUGUAUCUUUCGAUGACUCUCAUAUCGAAUUUAUACCGUCAAGUUUUUCUUUUUGCUACAACAUCUCGUUUACUUAUUCUAGAUAUUUUUUUUACUGUCUGUCAUCACUCAUGAGAGGACAUACAAUAUGAGGACAAACAUGGCCUUUUUCCACGGUACUUGUACCACUGGUUAGAAAUCAAAGGUUCAAACUUAGUCUUAAAGGAAUUUUUUAGUGGAUUAGGGUUUUGUGAUUAUGAUUUAUUAUUUUAGUCUGUAAUUUGGUCACUAAAAUGUUGUUUCUCAUAAAAUGGGUCGUGAUACAUGUUUUCUUGUGGGUAAGAAAUGUUACAUUUCUGGAAGAAGUGCGGAUUUGGCAUAAUUACUUGGAAAAUUUUCAAUCACGUGUUUAUUUUCUCCCUUAGUCUUUCAUCUUAUCAUGGUUAUAUUCUAAUUGUAAAAUGGCAGGUCGGAGGAAUCACCUUACCAGUAAUGGAAAGAGCACUUCUUCAGGCAAGAGAAGGUCGAAAGCAUAUUCUUUGUAAGUCUUACUUGCACUACCCCAAAUUUUACUGAAGGAUAGUGUUUCAUUGAAUAUGUUGGAGGUGCCGAUCUUUUGCCAUUGCUAUUUUCUGUUUCAGGGCCUCGUAUUUAUCCUUCAUUUAUUAGGUCUAAAAUAUCCAUACCUGGUGUCUAAGUAUUGAUGAUCAGUUAUUACUCUUUUCUAUUAGUUUCAUAUCCGUAUAGUUGAAUAUUACUUUUCUAUCAGUUUCUGCAUACUUAUUUGUCUCAUUUAUGUCUCCAUACAUGGAAUGAAGAUUUAAUAAUGUAUAAAGGGUUCCUAACUUUUAAGUCUUAGGCUGUCCUAUCCAGCUUUCAAGCAAAACAUCUCAGGUACUCCAAUUUACCUGAGAAAUUGGGUAUAUGUACCCUAGGGUCCAGUGAUAGGAUACCGAUACCACAAGGACAAACUGAUGAAGAUCUGAUAGAAAAUGAAGGAAAGAAGACAAUAACAAGAAGUUCAGGAACGGGAUCCCGGGAAAAAUUUCUAACUACUGUCGAUAACUUUUUGAGAGGGUUAUCACUCUCUACCAAACUCUAAUCUUUCGAUAACCCCUCUCUUCCUCCGUCCCCCACUUUUGUGCGGUCUUCCCUGGGAAUAUUAUCAAUAAACCUCUGACAAUUGUGACUUUGCCCCUUUCCUCCACCUAGCAUCCUUAUAUUACAUUGGUAGCCUAUCAUAUAGACCAUAGCCUGUAUCAUCUGAAAAUUUUCUCCUAAGCCACUUAAUCAUACAAAUCCAUUUUGCAUUAGUUACUCACAAUUACUAUGGGAUGUGCGUUGAUUGUUUUUUCGGUGUGGGCAAGAAUCCUCUGCCCGUCUUGAUUGCUAGCUGGGUACUGACAGCCUAUGCUCUCUACCAAGUUACCCAUGCAACUUUCAUUAAUGAGGACAAAGUCUGUUGCACCAUGUGAAAAUUUUAUUUGACUCUUGAUACGAAUCUCGGUUAAAUUCUUCGUACGGUAUACAUAGAGUAUCCAGAAAAGCCCUUCAAAAUUCUAGAGAAAUGCUGGUGAUGUGCGACUCAUUCCGUACUUAUUUUUGUUUAACGUUUGAGGACAUUUGGGUAGAUGCUAUAAAUGGUGAUUUAUUUCUUGCUGCCUUUAGGUUUAUUACUAGUACUGCAUGGACUUAGUAUGAAAAUGUUAGUGUGUAAGUUGGUGCCUAUUGACGAGCACCAUCUGGAGCUCUAGUGUCCAUAAUUUCAGCCUAAAUUUAUGAUUCAUUGUUAUAUUAGGUUUUCAUUUGUUUGUAAGAUUCAUUCCUAUGUUUCUCAUGACUGUGUUUAUGGAGGACAAAGUAGUGAUAUUAAAUACUUCUGUAACGAAAACUGUGGGGACUUCUUUCGUUGACUCUGUAUCUAUACUAAGGGAAUAAAAAUUGGCGAAGGUUUGCAGGCUAUCUGGUUACUUUUGUUAAUUAUUUCCCAAUGUAAGCAAGAAUUUAGUUGAUAUCUCUCCCACUAUAUGGAAACGACAUCUGGGUUCUGCUUGCCGAAUCUAACUCAUAUCUGAGGGGAUGUGAUCUGCAUGUAAAUCAACAAAUCUAUUCGAAAACGUUUUUGGUUGACUAAUUCUUUCCGUUCAUGCAUUAGAUUUCUGCAAAUCUGUGCAAGCCAUUUAUGGCUGAUGGCGUAUUUGUACAAGUUGUAGCAUUCCUGCUUGAGUGAGAAUGACAUAAGAUUAAGAUGGUAGUAGAGUUGCACUCCAAACAUACACAACGAUCUAGAUUCUGCAAACUCCCAUUUCUUCUUCUCCUUUUUCUCGUAAUACUUAAAACAAGCACUUUGAUAACAUAUGUGGUGGAUCUAACUCUUGGAAUGUUUUGUAGACUGAUUUCAAGAUGUAGUAUGGAGUGGAUUCUUUCCUUUUGAGACCAAGCCUAGAAUUUUUGAAAAGAAUGUUCAAAUCCCCACCAUUUUUCCUGCAUGUUCUUAGUGAUAUCAUCAAUAUUAAAUUAUUUGGCAGCGAUUGCCAACGGUUAUAAAGGAUGGAUCUAUGGGGUUUUAGGAGAUUUCCGAAGUAUUUUAAAGCAAUUUCGUGUAUUUUUUAUUUUUCUGAAAGAAAAAUAUAUGACUAAUAAUGAAAAAUAAAAAUGGCGGAAUUAUGUCCAUAGCAAUUCAGUUUUCAGAUCAUACGAUUAGGGAAUUGGAGUGGUGCCAUUGAGUCCGAUUUAGUAUGUUUGAUACCUUUGAUUCCUGACUUAAGGAAGGGAAUAGCCUCGGGUUUCAUGCUAGGGUCUUAAAUAGUGGGGCCUAGUCUAGCCUAUCCAAGUGCUUCCCUUAAGGGGAUGAUUGCUGUUGGACGUUUCUUGGGGAGAGGGCAUAAUAACCUCACCAUAAGAAAUUUAUAAUGUGAUUGGCAGAUAUAGAUGCGGGUUGCAUUUAGAGGGUAAGGGCAUUGAAGGAAGGUUGAUGGCUUUUACCUGGAGUGAUGUUGACUGAAAAUAAAGAAGAAGCCUACAAGUGUUUGCUACCCAAAAAGAGAGUGAUGUAGCUUAUAUAAUGUAAACAAAUUAACAUAUUGAAUAGCACUAUUCUUAUAACAUUCUCAUAUUUUUGCUAUGUUAGAUUCACCUGGGUUCUGCGUGAUCUUCAAAUUCAUUUGCGAAAAUGACUUUUCGACCUGUCUGCCUAAAUUGAGUUGCACGUGUUGAACUGGCAUAUUACAGUUUUUGGGCUAUUAUGGUAUAUAAUGGGCCUGGCCAAAAUGGGUGGAGGGUGGUGGCGUAAAAUGUUGAACUUGAGAUCGGAUGCCUUGUCUAAUGUUUUAUUAAAGUCUUUGUUUAUUGUAUGUUAUAUUUAGUACCGACUUUAUAAUAUUUGGAUUUAAGCAUCUGUCGCUUCAUUGCUUAUUGUAUGGAAUGUUAAUAUUCUUUUUGUGUUUAUUAUUUGUUCCAUUUCAGCUCAAAUGGAGAAGUCUUCUCCGCCUCCAUCUGGGAAGCUCUCCAAGUAUGCACCAUUAAUUCACGUCAUGAAGGUUGGUAGCUCUUGUUAAUUUUUCUUUCCUUCACAUUUAUGGUGGACCAUUCACCAGACUUUUUUCUAAAGCCUACGAUAUGUGAUUAGGUCAAGCCUGAGAAGAUAAAUGCUAUCAUUGGUGCUGGUGGGAAGAAGGUGAAGAGCAUUAUUGAAGAGACUGGAGUAGAAGCGAUUGAUACGCAAGACGACGGCAUUGUAAGCUCGAACAGUUUUAGUUCAAUGGUUUUGAUGAUAAAUGCUACCUCUUUUCUUAGGUUAUGAAGUUUUCCAUCAGGUCAAAAUUACAGCAAAGGACUUGGUGAGCUUGGAGAAGUCUAAAGCGAUAAUUGCCAGCCUUACGAUGGUUCCAGUGGUUGGUGAGAUUUACAGGUGUGACAAAACUGAUUGCCUUAGUACAUAUGAGAAAUGAAAUUGUCCUUUGGAUUGUUAUUUUAUUUUGAAGCUGGCAAUAGAUGGUGCUCUAGUAGACGAUGCAUGUUAUCUUUUUAACUGUGUCAGUCCGAUAAUUUCUCUGCUGUUAGGCCUUGUGUAUCUAGAGAAACCUGCCUGUUCCGUUAUAAGAUAUCCUUAUGUUGAUUAAAAUUUGUACUUCUUUAAAGAUUCUUACAUCAAUUGCUAAUCUACUUUAUAAAAGCAAUAUGUAUUAGUAUCGUUAUCUUUUUCCUGUGAGAAUAUGAAUGGAUCUUCCCACAGCUUGUUGGUUUGAUUGAGGAGUUUAGUUUCUACCAGAGGAAAAUUUUUACGGAAAUAGCUGUACCCGCUGCCAGAUGACAGAAAACGUGUGGAGAAGAGCAGGAAAAGUAACUAUGAUAGGGCAUUCUAAAGCCGCAGGCCUUUUUCUGAUAGAACAUGAAAAGACUUCCCUCCAGUUGCCACCCACUACAGCCGCAAGCUAUUCUAUGAUAGGGUAUCAAGGGAUUAGGGAAUUUUAUUUCACAUUUUUUAUGAAAAUUAUUUUGAAAUAUAAGAGUAUGGAGUAUACUUUUCUUCUCUUUUCACCUGAUUUGGCUGAUUUGGCGGAUCCAAUUAACAAACUAGAUUGGAUGGAGCCAUUCAUGGCCUGACCCAAUUUAAAAGCCCACAUCGCCACCAUGAGAAAGCUACUUUCAAGUUGUAUCGUAAGUUGAUAUGUCAGAGUCCCGCUCAACUGCAUCUGUGGGAAAUGCUCAGAUGUUAUUAUAUGCGCAGUUCUUUCUUUCCAUCCUUCGAUUCGCUCUUUAUCUAGCUUUGUUAUGUGAUGUUGAGUGCUUUUUAACUGUUUUACUCAAUGCAUCGAAAUCAGAGUAGUCCAAUUUCAUGUCUCAUGUUUGACUAAGGACCCUUAGAUCUUAAUAUUUUUUUUCUGCAGAAAUUGUGAGAUUAAGUCAAUUGCAGCGUACGGUGCUUUUGUUGAGAUUGCACCAGGUCGCGAGGUAUAUUUCAUCCUAGUUUUAUGCAAUCUACUGAUCUGAAGUUAUGCCACAUAUUUUAAUCAUGUUUCUUACAUUCUUUUUCCUCGUCAGCCAUAUUCCUCUAAAUUGAAGGCAGACAUUAUGAAAUUAGGCAUACUGCCAAGUAGAGUAGAGAUCGCAUUGACAUUCAUCGGUUUCAUUACAUUUACGUUUGAUUCUUCAAUUUCAAGUUAGACUGGAGGUACGCUUUCAUAUAUUCUUCUUUUGGAUAGGGUUCUCGGGUAACCCAAGACAUGUAUAGAGUAGAUUUUUCACUGUUUAGUAUCAUCCGUAACUCUCACUAUCACUUACAUCGUGACAGUAAGAAUAUACUGUGCUUUUUAUGCAAACAUGAUCCGUUCAUAUGUUUGUGCUAUCCAUCCCAAGUAUUCUUUCUGAAUUUCAGGAAAAUUAUCAUUGUGGGAAAAUUUUCCCUUUUUUCCCAUUUAAAUGAUAUCUGGACAAGUUGGGGUAUGUAGGAUUAUAACCACGUGUAUUUUCCCUCCUAUCAAACACUUUUAGCAUGAUGUACUUUAGAGAAGUGGGAAAUAUUCCAAAAUUCUAGAAAUUUAUAUUUUAGUCCAUAUACUUUUUAAUACGAAUGUUGGCUUUAUUGAUGAGAGUUUCUUUACAGAACUCUUUUAAUUUAUUUCACCGUGCACACUCUCUGCAACAGGGUCUCUGUCAUAUCAGUGAACUGAGUUCAAGUUGGUUGGCAAAGGCUGAAGAUGUAAGGAAGAUAUUUGGCAACCCAGCUUGUAAAUUCUUUGUUUUAAGAGUCCAAUGUUUCUGGGCAUCUGUUACAGGUUUUGAUUGAACAUUGUUGACAGGUUGUCAAAGUUGGAGAUCGUGUGGACGUUAAGCUUAUUGAGGCUAGUAACCUUUUUUCCUUUUUGUAUCUCAUUCAGCAUAAAAUUUUCUCUCUUUGGAAGUUGCACUUUUUUUCAUUCUGAAUUUCUAUGUUAAGUUGUGUUCAACAAAAGCAUAUUGUUUAAUAGACCAUUGACAUCUGUGUACAAAAUAAAUCAAACUUUACUAGGACAUUAUUGUUUGGUUCAGGUUUACAUGAACUUUGGCUAGGAUGUCACAUUACACAACGUUAAGUCAUUGUCAUAUUUAACAGAACUUCAGAAUGUGUUCUAUAGUGUAAUUUGCAUAUUUGAUGUUCCAUUUAAACAUGGAAUGUUGUCAUUUGGACCAGUUUUCUUUUUUAUUUGAACAUGGGGCCCGGUAUUUUCUGCUUACUUAGGAUUUCGGAAAAUGUACUUAAGUUCAUAUGCCAUAUUUCCUGUUCCCUUUCAUUAUUGCACCUUGAAAGGAUAUGAAUUAUAAAGUAGAUACUCUUUUUGUGGUAACUAUUCAUUCAACUAGAAGAUAAAAUCAUGCAUUGCUGUGAUUUGGGUUGCAGAGAAAAUGGAAUAGCUUCAGUUAUCUUGAAAGUUAGACUGGAAAUACGAUUUCACAUAUUCUUCUUUUGGUUAGGGUUCUUGGGUAACCCAAGUCUUGUAGAGAGUAGAUUUUUCUCUGCUUAGCAUUGGUAAAUCCUCUAUCAUUUACAUUGUGACAGUGGGAAUACGUUGUGGUAACUAUACAUUCAACUAGCAGAUGAAAUUGUGCAUUGCUGUGAUUUGAGUAGCAAAGAAAAUGAAUAGCUUCACUUGUCUUGAAAGUUGUUGCUGUCGUUCAUAGUAUGCAAGGUUUUUCUGCCUUGAGGCUAUACUCCCGGAAAUCCCCCAUGUUUGCUACUUUUUUUCCAAUGGAUUCUCUUGUUUCACUCAAAAUCCGUAACUUCAUUGUUCCCCCUUUUCAAAAAACAAUUAAGAAAUAAAGGAAGAUUAUUGUUUGCGUGUUGUAACUUGUAUAUAUUCUUCACUAAAAAGAGUCUUAUUCAAGAGACCUUAAAGAGUGUGCACGAUUGGCUUUCAUGAAUCAGAUGCAUGGUAGAAAACAGAGGAUUGCUAUCAAUGGGGAACAUUCAGAACUCAUACGAGUUCAAUAAAUCUCACGGUCUUAUUUGUACAGGAAAAUCUAAAGUCAGCCGGAAUUCGUUUCCUGCCCUAGAUGAACAUAUUUUCUGUCUGUUCUUACGUGUAAGAAGCCUCUUUUCACGUAUCAAAAUAGUGGCAGAAGGACCUAUCCAUCGGUUUGAGACUGUACCCGUGUUGAAGUUGAAUUCCAAAUCGGACAUGUCACUGAACAAAAGUAACUAAACAGCAAGUAAUACGAUGGUGCUUGUUUAUCGUGAUGUUUUAGAGGAAUAUGUUAUGUUGAAAGGCAGUACAUCUGAUUCCUGAUUUUUGGCCUUUCCCCUGAUUACUCGAUAAGAUACAACUUUCUAAACCGGGUUGGUUAAUUACUUAUAUGAUAGGUUGAAAAUCUGUAAAACUUCUCCUCUUUGGCGUUCCUGCUUAGUCUUAGACUCUACCUCUUUCUUGGCUGCCAACGAAUGUUGAAACCGAGCAACAUAUUGCUCAAGAUACACUUCUGUGUACUCUUGGAAGGGGUGUUCAGUUGGUUAUACCAUAUGAGUACGUGAGUGAGCCCCCACUCCCUCUGGAUCAACAAACACGUCUGUAAAGUUUUAAAUUCCUUGAAAUGCAUGUUGACCACUGUAUUAUUUAAAUCUGCCAGACUGUAAUAGUCCACGAGUUUGACCAUCUAGCUGAGAAAGUGCAUAAAAUGAAACAUGGUUCAAAGUUCUCAGCAAACGUAUAUGCUACUGUAGAUGGCUUUGGAAUUUGAAUCCCUUCCAUCACUUUUAGGAUGAGGAAACUAUAUUUUCCAUGGUUUUUUUAUCCGUAUCUUUAUUUUCUGUCUUCAUAUGAAUGUCUGGCUCUUAUACCUCUUAUACUUGCGUAUUGAAAACUAAACAAUUAUCGUUUUAAGAUGACUCAAAUAAAUGGCAUCUGUUUUCCACUUCAGAUAAAUGAGAAGGGCCAUCUACGGUUAAGUCGCCGUGCACUACUUCCUGACGAACCCAGUGCCACUGGCCAAAGCGGUGACCCUCAGGUUGGCAGUGAUAAUGCUAAAGAGUUAAAGCCUUCUGGAAACGAUAACCUGGUGAAACCGGGUAUGGAGAAGCCUAAGAAUGACGUUAAAAUUAAGACUACUGUUAGAAAGCCAAGCCUGACAAAAGAAACUGCUUCAGAUCAAAAUAGGUUGGUUGGUAAAACGCUCUCCCAGGAUAAGGCGGUAAAGGAAGAGACUGGAUCUGCCAAAAGUACACCAUACAUCAACAAAGACAGACAAAAGGACGAUGUCAAGGUUGCUUCAGAUCCUGUAGCCGUAGAUGGAGCCAGUGUAGUUACUAAAGAGGCAAAAACAGGGUGA